AUGAAGCUUGGCGCGAGUCUUCCUCUGCUAGCAAGUCUGCUGUCCAUCAGCAUUCCAGCUCAAGCCAAACCCUCCAACCACUCAAUUGCCCAAUGGCUCUACACCAGUGACAUUGAUGACGAAGCUCUCACUCUCCUGAAGCGUCCCGAGAUCCAGGGUGUCCAAAGCCUGUACACCUGGAAAUCCCUGGAGCCCCAGCGAGACCAAUACGACUUCUCCGCUAUCGCCAACGAUCUCAACCGCACCCGGUCCCAAGGCAAGCACCUCUGGGUCCAGAUCCAAGACCGCUCCUUCAGUACCGCCUAUAACCCAGUCCCGAACUACCUCCACAAGCCCAUCUACAAUAACGGCAGUGUACCCCAAUGCGACGGUGAUGACUGCGGCAACAAUUUCGUCCCCGGUGGCUGGGCAACCUGCCAAUGGAACCCGCACGUCCGCGAACGAUUCCAGCGCCUCCUGAAAGCUCUCGCCAUCGCGUUCGACGACAAGGUAUACGGAUUCAACCUCCCCGAAACUUCUAUUGAAGUCGAAUCCAACACCACUUCUGGCUACACAUGCCAGAAAUACUUCGAAGGAACCCUUGACAAUGCGGCCUACGCCGCCAGCGUCUUCAAUCGCUCCUACGUCGUGCAAUACGUCAAUUUCUGGCCGUGCGGCUGGGCAAACGAGAACAAUUACAUGUCCGAUUCGUUCGAGUUCUUCGCUGCAAAUGGAGUCGGUGUUGGUGGACCUGAUGAUAUUCCCUACAAGAAGACGAUGGAAAACAAUGCUUAUCCGUAUAUGUCCAAGUACCGGAAUAAGGUGCCCAUUAAUGUUGUUGCGGUGCAGGAGCCUGACUUGGCUGCGACUAAUCCGAAGACGAAUAAGCCUUUUACCAAGGAUGAGUUCCUGGAUUUCGCGGAGAAGCAGUUGGGUUCGCAGAUCUUGUUUUGGGCUUUGUCCGCGCCGUGGCUGCAUCAGUGA